AUGGAAACAGCCUCUAUUGAACCAAACAGAACAACGGCAUCACACAAAGCAAAGAUAAAGGUGUUUUUUGAAAAAACCAUUGGAAAAGGCACAUUUGGGCAAGUCAAGUAUUGUGUGGCAAAAGUAAAUAACGAAACCAUUGGCUUUGCAGUAAAAAUCAUCGAUAAAAAGUCAUCAGUAUAUCAAUGCAACAUAUCGGCGAUGAGCCGUGAAAUUAUCAUUUCGAAAAAAGUCAAUCAUCCAAGCCUAAUAAAGUUCAUUAAAAUUAUCACACAUCCUAAUUAUAUCUACAUGUACAUGGAAUACUGCAAAAAUGGUGACAUGGGUAAAACUGUUAAAAAGUACGGUCCUUACGUCGAACGUGAUGCUCAAUUUUUGUUUUCUCAAAUCGUCGCAGCCAUCGAGUACCUUCAUGACCUGGACAUAGCUCACAGAGACAUUAAGCCAGAAAACGUAUUACUGAACCAUCGAAAUGAAGUGAAAGUAGCUGAUUUUGGGUUGUCAGUUUUUUGUAGAGAUUCGACCAGCAAUACACGGCAAUUGUCUCGCUGUGGCACAAGGAUGUUUAUGCCACCGGAAGUAUUGACUCCAAACAACGGAUAUAACGCCAAAUUCUUCGAUAUUUGGUCAAUGGGAGGUGUACUGCAUUACAUGUUGACCGGCCAGGUGCCGUUCGACGACGGCCACACUAAACGGAUCGUCGCGCAACAGGUGUCGGGCGACAUUGUUCUCCUGCGACCGAUGUACAAGCGAACGGUUUCUUCGUCGGCUCGACGGCUCGUAAGGCACAUGCUCGAACCAGACGUACUCAAACGGGCACACAUCGAAGGCAUCAAACGAUCGAAAUGGAUGACUCUGAUGGCUUAG